GAGCGAGCUUCUGAUUCACGACGGGGAGAGCUUCGAACCGCCAUGGAAGUGCUCUAUUUCCACCCUUGCUUUGAUCCCUAACUCUUCUAGAUCCUAUCGUUCAAUCGAAUUUCGAGAUUCAUCAUUAUUUUGGAAGAAUUCAGAAUUUCGAGAUUCAUCACUCUAUUUUGGAAGAUUCAGAACACUCUCUGCAUCAGAACCCUCUGUGGAGUCAAGAAGUUCCAAAGUGCAGGAAGCUCUAGAAUCCUCAUCUAUUAAGGUGAUGAAUCCAAACACAACAAACUCAAUUUCAGAAGAAAUGAAGUUUCUAGCCAAAGGUCCAAUGCAACAUGCUAAAAGAUACAGUGCAUAUAACAUCAACGGGUUCAAGUUUAGAACGGUAGAUAGUGAAGAUGGUCUACAAACUCAAAAUAGUGGAGUUUUUUUGACUUCAAAAACACCAUGUGUUGCAAGUAGUGCUAAUGCAAAUUUGAGGCAAGUUGAUUUGCCAUACUAUGGAAAACUGGAAGAUAUAAUUGAGCUGAACUAUUAUAGUUGUUUUCAAGUUGUCCUUUUUAAGUGUAAAUGGGCAGAUACAAAACGUGAUAGGGGAUUCAGAAAGGACGCUUGGAAGUUCUCUUCAGUGAACUUUUCUCAAUGUAUUCACACUGGUGAAAGGGAAGAGCAUGACCCAUAUAUUGAAGCUUCACAAGCAAAGUUAGUGUAUUAUGUGGAUGAGGAGGUUAAUAAAGGUUGGAGUCUUGUGGUUCAUAUGAUGCCAAGGGAUUUGUAUGACAUGGGAGAAGUUGAAAGUGAGCCAUACGAAGAGCAAGACUUGAGCAACUUAAUAUCAAAUGAAGAUGACACAAUGACAUUAGCUAGAGAUGAUGUAGAUAAUGAAUUUAUACCUUUAAGGGAUGAUCAAGAUCAACAUCAGGAUUAUGAUCUAGAAUCCUGAGUUGCAUAUGUUAAUGAGGAUGCAAGAUCCGUAGGGGUAAGUUACAAAUGUCCCAUGUUUAGAUCUUUUUUGAAUGCAUAAAACAAAUCUACUGGUUGUUAUUUGAUAUAGGAGCUGUCAAAUCAAGCUUGUCUUGAAUAAUAUGGGUGUUUAAGAUAAAAUGUGAUGAACGAACACACCAUUCAAAUUUUGUUGCUGAUUUCUCUGGUUUAUUGCUCUGUUUUUGCACCAUGAUCAUAUGCUAUUUUUCUGCUGUUUGCACCAUGUUUCUAUGUUGUUUUACUGUCGUUUUUGCUGCUGUUUGCACCAUGAACCUAUGUUGUUUUACUGCUGUUUGUACUGGUUUUGGGGCUGUCUAGCGGUGUUGUGCUUUCUCCAAUUGUACGCGUGAAUAACCUUGCUUGUGUUGUUGCUUUCUCCGAUUGCUCCUUUUAAUAUAUGCAAGUGUUGGUUGAGCAAGAGCUAAGUCAAACACUUGAUUUCUCUGAGGUUUCAAAAAAUGACGUCCUUGCCAAAGUUUUGGGGUCAGAUCACUCUAGAUGUGUGCGAGGACUAGGUGUAGGAGCUCUUCAUAGUGUUGCCUUUAGAUCCAUUACCACACAAAUGAAGAACUCCAUCAGUUCAGCUGAAUCUACUCAAUUAAAUGAAGAACUUAAUUCUCUAAAGACUAAGAUAGCCGCCUCAGAUGAGAAUAUUGAUGACCCUAUUUUAGUAGUGUUUUUAGGGUCAUUUCUUUGGUUGUUUUGAGUCUUUUAGUUGAGUCUCAUGUAGUGUUUCAUGCAUUCUCAUGCAUUUUUAUUCUUUUCUUUAGUUUUUAUUUCGUUUUGGUAAUUUGGUAGUUUUAUAGGUAGUUUUCUUGCAUUUUAAGUAAAGUUUAGGACUUGCAUGGUUUUGUUGUGUUUUAUGAGGGACUUCUUGUGCUAAUGAGCUCUUGGAGCUUCUAGAAUCUUCCUUGUCUUGUUGGUUAGGGUUGGAGUGCAGAAACUGAAGGAGAAGGAAGGCCAAGAAGCAUGGAAUUGAUGAAGAACAUAAAGAGAAUUGAAAAGAGGAGUUUCAGAAGCCAAAAAGUCAUUUUCAGGCGAGCUAGAGCGCCUAGGCGCUGGGAAUGGGGGCGCCUAGGCGCCAAUAGGGUCAGAGAGCAUGUUUUUCAACAUGCAAUUGGCUCUCAGGCGCUCUGAAUUGGCGCCUGAGCGCCCAGUUUCGUUCAUUUUGCCUAUAAAAAAGGCUUAGGCCAAUUUCUGUGAUACAUUUUGUCAUUUCACUCAUUUUUGAUCAAGUUUUGAGAGCUGAGGAGAACUUUGGGACCAAGGGAGGUUUCCAACUUGUAUUUCUUCUCAGGUUUUCUUUACAUUUCCUUUAUGAAUUCACUAGCCAUGAGUGGCUAGUUCCUUUUUUGCUUUGGGUUAAGAGAUUCUAUGAAAUUUUAGUUUGUUAAAUCCUAUCUCUAUGCAUGAGUCUUGAUU